AUGAAGCAGAUGCAGCGCCGCUGCCCCAACAGCAAGUACGUCGGCUUCGGGCGCCUGCGCAACUUCCGCUGGCAGAUCAACGAGCGCGGCUUCGCCAACGUCGUCUCCUGCCACGGCCGCUGGGUCGACGGGCUCGUCUACGAGAUUGACGGCAGCGACGAGGGCAAGCUCGACAUCAGCGAGGGCGUCUCCAAGGGCGCCUACGAGAAGCGCCACAUGCCCGUCGUGGUCCGCCUGGCCAGCUGCUCGCUGUACCGCCGCUCCGUGUCGUGGGUCGUGGCGCGCGGCGGGCCCGGCGGCGUGCGCAAGCUGGCCAAGCACAACGUUAGCCAUCGCGGCGGCGGCGGCGGCGGCAAGGCGCUGGUGGAGCGCGAGGCGCACAACGUGCUCGUCUACGCCAGCUUGGUGCACGUCACCGACAGCGGGCCGCGGGAGGAGUACAUUGACAGGAUCAACCGCGGCUUGCGUGACGCCGCUUCGCUGGGCAUGCAGGACGACUACAUCCGCAACUGCAUCCGGCCCUUUAUUCCCGAGCCGGAACCGGCGGUGGUGGUUACGCACGGGGCGCCGGCUCGCUCGCGAAACAGCUCGCCGGGCGGUGGGGGGCAUGAGCCAAGAAAAGGGUCAUGGUGA